CUGGGUAGUAGUUGAAUCUUUCCUACGUUGCAUUUGCUGGCUUAAGAACAGAAGAAAACCCACACUUCACUAUUGUUGGAAACCAGAAUUGAAGGUAUCGAAAUCCAGCCGCGCUAUAGCGAUAUCAGUUACACAAUAAACAACAAAACAUGGCAGACCAAACGACCUCCAAAAGGAGAUCCUGCGCCGACUGCGUGAAACACAAGAGGAAAUGCGACAUGCAACAACCCAGAUGUCGACGAUGCCAGAAGAAAAAAAUCCCUUGCUCGUAUCCAAACAGACCCUCUAUGGUUGCUGAAGUCGACAUCCCAGAACUUGAUUUCCCAUGGCUGGACGACCUGAUGAAAGAUCCGGGGUUGGCACCGUGGAGUGGAAGUUUACAGCCAUCCAUAGCGAAAGUGGCUCCGGGCGGCAUUGAGAGGGCAUCCAAAAGGCAGAGAACACCUGAUUACUUACCCGGGUACCCGGAAGGCUAUACAAGAUAUACACUACCGCGAACAGAGACUGAAGCGGCGGUUCAUCAGUUCAAGCUGUGGCCUUGCAAAUGGCUCAGUGACGGCAAAGCGCCGUUCAUCCAUCCAAGGGUUUAUUCAACCACUAUGCCGAAGCCGCUUCAAGAGGCGUAUGCGGCUUGCGCUAUAUACUCUACCAUGACUACUCAGAAUGCUUUCGUUGGCUUUACCGUAAUCGAGUCGAAAGCGAAUGAGCUGCUGAGGUCCGCUGAUGAGGCCGCGUGGACGCCUCUAGAUCUCCUAGCAGCCGUGCAGGCGUUGUUAAUUUUCCAAUUAAUUCGACUGUUUGAUGGAGACAUUCGACAAAGAGCGCUGGCUGAGAAAGCCGAGUCUGUAUUGCAAGCAUGGACCGGUCAGUUGCAAGCUUGUACGGUGGAGGAGCGAGACUUUACAUCGGACACUGCACCGUCGUGGCGAUCUUGGGUUUUCGCCGAGUCGGCCAGGCGGACAGUUAUCAUGUCUAUGUUCCUAUCAGGGUUAUAUUCGCUUGUUAAGAACGGAUAUUGCGGGAUGGGAGAUAAGAUCAACGUGAACUCCUUCACUGCCCAAAGAAGACUGUGGGACGCUUCUUCUGCGCUGGAAUGGGAACGUAUGAGACAAGCAUACAACCCCUACUUCAUCCAACGCAUGAACUUUGAAGACUUCCUACGUGAGGGAAGUGGAUCCGAGCUGGACGACUUCGGAUUGGUUAUGAUUACAACGUACAAAGGGAAGGACAGGAUUGACGAUUGGUUGGCACUGAGAAGUGAAGGGUGGAAUCUAAUUGAAUCAUCCAGUAUUGGCAAUGAUUUUUUGAAUGUGGCUCAGGUUGGCAGCUCGAUCUCAUCUUCGGAAACUUUCUGA